AUGAAAGUCACUUUAGCAGCGUGCAUGUUUCGUCGAUUUGUGCCGGUUGUGGGUACAACCGUGCAGCUGUUAAAAGAGAGCAACGAUCCAAGCACCUUAACGACUCGUUACACGAUCACGCGGGACGCGGCUACUCACUCGAUGCUUGUAGACGCUAAUGAGCAUCGUAAGCUUGUUUGUGAGCUGUGCCGUCUGUACUAUACCACGGAAUGGAUGACGGGCACGGGUGGUGCCAUGAGCCUGCGCUUUGGUGAGCGCGUCUUCGUGACUCCAUCGGGUGUUCCCAAAGAGCGUUUACAGCCUGAAGAUCUGUAUACACUAGAUUUGGAAGGAAAUGUACUUUCGAUUCCUGAAGCAAAGUUUGGCGAAAAGGCUUUGUCGCUUUCAGACUGCGCACCGCUAUUUUUGACUGCUCACAAGAUGCGCAAGGCUGCUGUGGUGCUACACAGCCACAGCAUCAAGUGUAACUUGGCAGCCGCACUUUGUGAUAGCUCGAACGAGUUCCGCAUUUCACACCAGGAGAUGAUCAAGGGUAUUCAAGGCCACGGAUACGCGGAUACAUUGGUCGUUCCUGUGAUCGACAACGCGCCCAAAGAAUCAGAACUUGCAGAGCCAAUUGCACAAAUUUUGAAGGCAUAUCCCAACACGUUCGCCGUUCUAGUCCGUCAUCACGGUCUUUUUGUUUGGGGAGCCUCGUGGGAAGCUGCUAAGCGUCAUGCCGAGUGUCUGCACUAUCUUUUUGAGAUAGCAAUUGAGAUGCGUAAGCUCGGCCUUGAUUUUACAAAUAUUUCUGUGCCACCUCCCUUUAGCAAUAGACAGUCUAUAUUGAAGCUUGCUGGUGCAGGCAGGACAAAUGAUGGAGAACUCAGUAUGGCGCUGAAGUACAAGGUUGUGUUGUUAGACAUUGAAGGAACUACGACGCCAAUCACUUUCGUACACGACGUUUUAUUUCCAUACGUUGUGGAUAAUGCUGCUCGAUUUUUUGACAAAACAUGGGAAUCGCCUGAAACGAAAGCAGACGUAGCGGCUUUGCUGAAACAGUAUGAGCAAGAUCAAGUUGAUGGACUUAACCCACCUGCUCUCCAGGGAAAUGCCGAUAAGGAGCAGCUCAUUCAGGCUCUUACGACAUAUGUGAAAUGGAACGUUAACGCUGAUCGCAAGAUCGGUCCCUUAAAGCAACUGCAGGGCCACAUGUGGCUUCAGGGCUAUGAAAGUGGAGAGCUCAAGGCAUUGGUAUACGACGACGUACCACAGUGCUUGCAUCGCCUCUGCGCCCACGGAGUGCAUGUUUGUAUAUACUCUUCUGGCUCGCGCCAGGCGCAGAAGUUACUAUUCCAGUAUUCAGAUAAGGGAGAUUUGCGUAUAUACUUGACGGCGUACUUUGACACAAAGGUUGGCCACAAGCGCGAGUCUGACAGCUACAAGGAAAUUGUUCAAAGUCUCAAUGUAGACAGCAGUAAGGAUGUACUAUUCGUUACAGACGUGAUUGAAGAGGCCCAAGCGGCGGAAGUUGCCGGACUUGACACUGUUCUCUCUGUGCGUCCGGGCAACAAGCCACUUCCAGAGACUCAUCGCUUUCCCACAAUCCACUCCUUUUCAGAGCUUUGA